UUUUAAAGUUUAAUAGACAUUAAAUACACAGCCAUGAGUUAAAUCACGUUAAUUGUGUAGACCUGUGAAACACAGUGGCGCCAUAAUCCUCCCAUCGCUGUUUGUGCGCAUUUUGCUCUUCCUGUCAGAAGCGUCAGGAACGCUUCUAAACGCAACGCUUCAGACAUGCGCGGAAAGCAAUGACAGAGCAGAACGGGCGUGGUUUGAGUCGACACCUAACCUAAAUACACGCACCAUAACAACAGCCUAACUUUAUAUAGUAUAGUAUUGGUACCAAAACAUAACUCAGUUAUUUAUAAUAAACGAGAAAGCGUACGAGAGUGACAGCAGCGGAUCAAGCAUGUCUAUACACGAUAUAAGAGAUGGAUUUAUUAGCGGCGGUGGAUUGUGCGGUUUGAAGACUGAAACAGAUGACAGCACACCAACAGUGAGAUCCAGAGGUCCCAGUCCGCUCAGUGACAGUAUGGUAGAGGAUCACACAGUUCAUUUUUAUACAACAAUGUCUGAGGCAGACGAUGAUGGUUUCAUACAUGAAGUGUCACAGGAUACAAAGGAGGGGGAGAGUGCCAUUUCAACUGAGACUUUUGGAGCUGAUCUACAGAGGACUCUGGGAGAGAUUCUUGCGUACUGUCAGGUUACAUAUGGAGCCAUUCUGAAACUUGAUGAAAAGUUUGACAUGCUCGAGACUAAAGUAGCAAACAUUCAGAGCCUUCAGCAGAAUCCAACACUUCUUUCAAAGAAGACGUGUGUGUCAGACAGCUUCCAGAGCAGAACUGAAGGCUCCACACCACAACAACUUCACGUUUCCUCUCCACUUCCUUCUCUGAUGCUGUCUCGCGGUCCUGAGGUCAAGACCCCUGAACGGCUUAACCAGAUUCAAUGCCAAAAUACUGAGAGAACCACAAUUACCCAAAGUUCAACACAAGAUCCAUCCCUUAACACGAACAUAACAACGCAACAGCAGGGUCAACUUCAAACCAGCCCAGAAAGCAGUGAUCCAGCUGAACACAUCUGUCCUGCAAAUACCUGUUAUGUGGGUAACUAUGAGAGGAAAGUUUUUCUGCCAAAGUGUGUCGUACAGCGAGCGGGGAAAAUGACGCGACCCAGCGCAGCUGCACGACAUCUGUUACGAAACCUCUUUACAGCUCAUGAACUUUCUCUAAGCAGCACCAACGGAAAUCCAACCAGACGUCUGAAGAGACUCGACCCUAACAAGAUCAGCGCCAUCAGAGAAUGGGCUGUAAAGAGGUUCCCAAAAUUUGACCUUAGUGAGAAAGGCAAAGACUGGAAAAUUUGUCUGUCUGUAAUAAACUCAACGGCACGCUACUUUCGGUUCAUGGCCAAGACACGGAAGCAAAAUAUGAAAUCCGAUGAAACGUUACCACCAGAGACGACAGCCUCAUCUGGACAUACAGCAGAGAUUGAUGUUGAGCUGUCAGACAGUGACACUGAGCAGAUGAACAGGAUUAACUCGCUGUCAAACUAUAACAGCGAUGCUUCCUGUUACAUCUUGGAUGGAAGUUCACCCAGACAAGUGCAUCUCGGGCCGCCUCAUCGUGAAGUAAAGGUUCCCGAGUUUGUCUUGUCUGCUGCACAUCUGCGGACGCGUCCUGAGCUCAUCGCUCGAUAUCUCAUUAAAUUCAUCUUUCCAGAGGACGUACUAGUACGCAGUAACGUCUACGGUGCGCGACAUGGCAUUCAACCCCUCGACCAUAACAAAAUAUCUGCACUUCGAGAGUACCUGUCGGAGCGUUUUCCCUGGAUGAAGCUGGAGGAGGAUGGAAGUGACUGGAAGGUUUGUGUUGGAGCUAUAAACAGCACCAUCCGCAAGUUUCGAUAUGAGCACAAGAUGGGCAUAAAGAGAAAGAAACGCUGAGACACGUCCACUCGAACUGUGAUCAGCUUCGGUUUGGAUGGUUAUUUGUAAUGUGUAGUAUCUCUUUGUGUCAAGAAACACUAUCACAGCGUGUUUUUCUAGGAUGUGUAAAGAUUAUAUUAUUUAAACUUAUUUAUUUUGGUUUGUUAUUAGUCUUUACAAGUCUAUAAAUAUGAAGUUGAAGUAUUUUAGCCAAGACAGCCGGAGCAAGAAAAUUCACUUUUUAUUUGGUAACAGAAAUAUUACAAUUUUAUAGCAGAAAUCUGUACAUAUAGUAGAUAAAAUGUUUUGAAACAGCAACAGCUGUGGAUAAAGAGAGCAGCAGUUAUCUGAGCAUCAUAUCAGAGACGCGUAGAUGUGAUGAGCCAAAUGAACGGAUCUUGAAACUGUAAGUAUUGCACAUGGACUGUGUGUUUGAUUUAACAAAACAAAUCCUUUGAGGUCUGAAUAAACACUGCAUUAUUUCCACUGUCAGCAGCCUGUAAUAAAUCACAGUGACACUGUUUUAUCAAA